AUGGCCGCGGCCCCGGCCGCCUCCAAUGAUGGCAGGUCGAAGCCAAAGCCCAGCGCAUUGCGCUCCAUCAUAGCAGGGUCUACGGCUGGAGCAGUUGAAAUAGCGAUCACCUACCCCUUCGAUCUGCUCAAGACACGGUCCCAACUCAACCGACGACUACCCGACGCAAAGAAAGUCCCUUUACCUCGGUUCCCCUCGAAGGAAUGGUACACCGGUUGCACGACGGCGAUUGUAGGGAACGCAGUAAAGGCCGGGGUGCGGUUCAUGUCCUUCGACACGUACAAGCACCUGCUCUCAGAUGCAGACGGACACAUUUCAGGCCCUCGAACAGUAGCGGCCGGGUUUGGCGCAGGCAUCACCGAAUCUCUACUGGCGGUGACGCCGUCGGAAUCGAUAAAGACACAACUAGUGGACGAUGCGAAGCGAGCGCAACCGCGCAUGCGCGGGUUCAUCCACGGGUCGAUGGUGAUCUGGCGCGAGAAGGGGUUCAGAGGGUUCAUGCAAGGGUUUGUCCCGACGACGGCACGCCAGGCCGCGAACAGUGCGGUCCGGUUCAGUACGUACACGAGUCUCAAACAGUUCGCUGAAGGCUAUGUGGCGCCCGGGGAGAAGUUGGGAUCACUCACGACUUUUGGGCUCGGCGCCGCUGCCGGUGUCGUUACUGUCUACGCCACCAUGCCGCUCGACACGGUUAAGACGCGCAUGCAGAGCUUGGAAGCCCAGAAGACUUACAGGAACAGUCUGCAUUGUGCCACCGAGAUCUUCAAGAAGGAAGGGAUCUUGACAUUCUGGUCUGGCGCUCUGCCGCGGUUGGGCCGUCUCACUUUGAGUGGUGGGAUUGUGUUUACCAUGUAUGAAAAGACUAUGGAACUUUUGGAUCUCGUCGAUCCUGAGAGGAAAUACAUUUAG